CCGUCCUUUUCACCACCUCCAAUACCGCCACAAUGGAUAUGUUAACAAAUGCCGAGCAGCGCACUCUCGAGCAGCGCAUGCAGAAGCGCCAAGUCAAAGAGUUCGUCAGCGCUUUCGGCGGUCUUGUCGAGCACUGCUUCACCUCCUGCGUCGACGACUUCACCUCCAAAUCUCUCUCCACCAAGGAGACCGGCUGCCUCAACCGCUGCGUCCUCAAGUGGAUGGCCACGCAGCAGCGCGUGAGCGAGCGCUUCCAGGAGCACAACGCCCAGAUUACGCAGCAGAUGCAGAAAUAAAAAUACAAUAAAAAUAAAAAUAAUAUAAAACUAUUUAUCAGGACAAAACGAAAAGGCAACAAACGAACUAAUGUUCCUCGACAUAAUAAUUUUUUUGAUCUUGAUGGCGGGAUAAAAGGGCGUACUACUUAUUUUUGGCUACUUCUCCGGCCUGUCUAAAGCUAUCUGUUGGGAAAGGCGUGUGUUGAAACCUCUACACUCCGAGGCAUUGUACGAUAUAAAUAGCUACCUAUGCCAGGAAACCACCUUGACUCGAGGAGAUGAGUCGUUUGUAUCAAUAUUACGGGAAUUCGUUAGAGUCAGGUAGUUGGGUAGCUGGGAACGAGAGCUGGUGUUGUUGGUUAACGUCUCAAUGCUGGAAACCCGAUAAACCGAUUUACACAAAAUGGGAUAAACAUCUCGCUCAAUGGGAAUUAAUUUUAGAUGCUCGAGUUUAUAGUUGUAUACUUCGUAUCCACAGGGGAAUUCUGCAUGUGACAUCUGAUGCAGCAGUAGCCCAGUCCAACAUCCAACGCCUAAUCCUGAAAUCCAUCAUCAUCUCCGGCACUCUCGUCUAGUAAACUCAAAUCAAAUCCGAUAUUUAUUCAUUUCAGCCUUCAAAUUCGUCGCUAAGCACAUCUCGAACGGUCUCAAGCUGUGCCACCACCUUCUCCUCUAGCAGAUUGUCGCAAUCCCCUGACAAUUUUCUUCCUCUCCAUUCCAUUUCUCGCUGUCCCAGAGGCAGGAGCCGCUCCUUCAAAAGCCGUCUGCUGGAAAGCCAAUAGUCGACGUUUUCAAGUAAACUUGUCGCGUCCCAUUCGACCGCGGGAAUGUCUCUGCUGUUGUUCAUCCGUAGAGCCGUAAGCACACGCGUGAGCAGUGCUAAAGAGUGAACCUCUGCGGUACCAAGGAGCGUCAGAUACUGCGCAGACUUCUCCUUUGUCCGGCUGGCCCCCGGC